CUCUCUCUCUCUCUCUCUCUCUCUCUCUCUCUCUCUCAUGCUGUCUAGAUUGGACCGCCUCCUCAGAGCUGCAGCAGAAAGCUGACAGGAUUUCUGUAGACAAACAUGUCUCUCUUACGGGACCUGUCCUGCGCGUAUGUGUGUGUGUACAUGACAGGAUAGGACCAGGUUAUUAUCUUUCUGCUAUCCAAGCACGUUCUGUUUCUCCGUGUUCCUUAUCCGUUUUUCCCUCAGCAGGUGUGUUUGGAGUGUCGUCAUGUUAAACACGGGCUUCAGAGCCUUCCCAUCGCUGACCAUUGGCAACGCCGUGGAACGUUCCGGCGUCUUCCAGAAAUUACAGCUAUCCGAAGUCUUGCUGUGGUGGUGCACAAAACUCUGACUGGAUUCACUCCGAACGCUCUGUGUGUGUGUGUGUGUGUGUGUGUGUGUGUAUAUAUAUAUAAGCGAGCACAGACAUGAACGAGCUCCGGCCGUCUUCUCUAACCAUGCGGACCUCAGACGCGCACGACGGCAUGUGUUUACUGCUGGACAGCGUCGCUCUGAAUGCCGGUGAGCCUUCAUCCUUGCCUUCACCAUCCUCCUCCUUGCCUUCAUCCGGCAAGGGCGGGACGUCCCCCGACUCCGCAUGCAGCACAGGCAGAAUGGACAGCCUGGUGGACGAGGACGCACCAGAGGGGAUGAUGGGAAGGAAGGUGGCUGCCAGGGAGGACGACUCUGGGAUCCAGAGUCCAGACUGCACGCCUGAUGGGGACGGCGGCAACAACAUCGAAGACAAUUCUGUGUCCAUCUACCUGGACGCCUACGGAGACAGCUGGCAGGAUGACCGCAACGACCAUGAUGUCACGCUGGCUGCGACCCAGCAACGGGGGUACGACCGUCACCGUGGCGGCGACCAAGUCGGUGAUAGUGGCGGGGAGCGGAGUUCAGACGGUUGUUCGCUGACGGAGCCACCGUCGGGCUCCUCUGAGGAUGAGGAGGAUGAUGACGAGGAAGACUCGUUCCUGUCCUUAAGUUCCGUCGCUGUGGUGACGAGAGGCCAUGGCGAGUCCGGUAAGGGCCAGGAAACAGUGGUGUCUCACACCGAGGGGACCAUAUCUGGACCCUCUGCGGCCGUAAUGUCCAGUGAGAUGCUGCCCCGUCCAGGUCCCGAGGGACGCUCCGUAGGGACGGAGCCUCCUGUGAGCGUGCAGGACCCUCCAGAACCAGUCCCCACCCUCCCCGCGCCCUCCGUAAGGGCGCCCAGCCGGACCAUCCUGAAGCGCUUCCCCAGACCCGACCUGAGGAACAUCGGAGCGAAGGUCGUCUGCAGGUCUGCCUCCGCGCCAAGGCCGGCCAAUCCCACACGGCCCCAGGCGACCCCCGGCUGGGUGGAUGGUGACAGUGAGAAAAAGCCCCCGCCCGUCCGGGGCCGAGCGGCCAAUAGGAGAGAGCAGGGCAGCAAGAAGGGCGGGUCAUCCUCCAAUGGGACGAGAGCGGCCGCUCAAACGCCGACCUCGGUGUGGGGGUCGCGCCCCAGACCCCAAGCUGCGCCCUCACAGGCGGAGAAAAGGCCACGCCCAACCAUUAGCACUGCUCGUCAGGGCACAGGGGUCAUUGCCGAUCACGACCAAGAGCCAAUGGAAGGUGUGGUGGUGGAGGUGGAAGCAGAGAGGGGGAUGUGUGCAGAGGAGUCUCCUGGCAACGAGAUUCAGAUGGUUCCCUCUGAGCUCACAGCUCCUGCAGGGGUGGGUUUUGCCCCCCAAACCGCCCCAGGACCCUCGGGGGGCAGACAGGGCACGCCCAGCCGAGGGCCCAGGCCUGGGGUCAGCGGCUGUGUGUCUGCAAGAGUCCGAGAUGCACCGCCGGCCGGUGUUCCAAAGAUGAAAGUGAUGGACAGCACUGCAGGAGGUUGUGGCCCCGCCUCUUCAAGAAAGGCCCAUCAAAACCCUGCUCCCUCCAAACUGCCCAUCAAAAGUGCUAGCCUACCCACAAGCCUUAGCUCCUCAUCGCUGGGGAGUGCAGCCAGUGAGAACAACCGUGCAGCCACUGCCAACACAGGUGCGGCUGCAGUGAUGAAGGCAGGGCGGAGGUCCAUCAGGACGCCCUCUUCCUCACAGGGGCGGGAGAGGCUUGUGUCCAGCAGACCACCUACAGGUCUGAAAGCCCCAGUGAUGGCCGGCUACACUGCAGCCAAGACUACCCAUAAUGCCCUGCAGCGCAGCGGGGUGGUAAGACCCAACCGGCCAUCUGCAGCAGCAGUGGAGAAGAAUGUGAGGGUUGGUGUGUCAUCCGGAGUCCGAGUGGCUCGGGUCCGGUCCGGCCCGGACAAAGCAGCAGGGCCCGCUGCACAUGCUGAGGAAGACAAGGACACGGACCUUCGUCUUCAGAUUGAGAGGAGGGACGUUUGCAUCGGUCAGCUCCGUGAACUGGUCGCCCGUGGCGACCGGAGCCUGGAAGCUCUGGCCCUGGUGAUACAGCACAUCUUAAGGGAGCGAGAAGAAGCAGGAAGACAGAGGAAGGAAUUUUCCCUCCAGCUGAAAAACCUGCAAGAAGAACUUACAAACUCAGCGUCAUGCUGCGAACGUCUGCGGCGGGAGAAGGCGCAGGCCAGCGCGGAGAUGGAGGCGGCCAUGCGGGACCUGCGGGCGCAGCACAGCGCGGAGCUGGCCCGGCUCCAGGAGGCGCUCGAGGGCUUCUACUCCGCUGAAUGGGACAAGGCCCACCGGGCCUACCAGGAGGAGGCGGAGAAGUGUAGGGCCCUGGCGCUGCAGCAGGUGGAGGAGGUAAGGAGCAAACAGGAAGCUGUCAGGGGAGAACAGGAAGUGGCACACACUCAGCAGAUGGAGGCACUGAAGCAGGAAUAUGAGAUCUCACUGGCAGAACUGAAGAAGGCACACGAGCAGGACCUGCGCAAGAUGGACCACGCGCUCAUACAAUCAGAGGCCUCUCUGAAUAAGACAAUUGAGAGUUUGCAAGCAGAGAACACGGAUCUGAACGCCAGACUAAGAGAGGAGGAGGACAGGAGAAAGGCUCUCGCAGACAAGAGCCAGAAGGACUCUCGUGUGCUGUAUCUUGAGCAGGAGUUGGAAAGUCUGAAGGUCGUGCUGGAGAUUAAAACCAACCAGCUGCACCAGCAGGACAAGAAACUGAUGCAGAUGGACAGACUGAUCGAGAGCAAUGUGAAACUGGAGGAGUGUCUGAAUAAGCUGCAGCAGGAGAACGAAGACUACAAAGCCCGCAUGGACAAGCACGCAGCGCUCUCCAAGCAGCUGUCCUCAGAGCAGGCCAUGCUACAGCAGACACUGCAGAACGAGUCAAAGGCCAACAAGAGGUUGUCCAUGGAGAACGAGGAGUUGCUAUGGAAACUGCACAAUGGCGACCUCAGCAGCCCACGCCGGCUCUCGCCCUCCUCCCCUUUCCACUCGCCCCGAAACUCCGCCUCCUUCCCUGGCACGCCUGUAUCUCCCAGAUGACCUCUCCAGUUGCCUCCUAUAUGCACCGCCCCAAACUCCAAAUACCCCCCCCCCCACCAAAUACACACACACACACACACACGCCCUUGAGUUCAUGGAACACGUCGCUCGUGUACAGUUUAUACAGACCCUGUCACCUCGGUGGAAAGUCUGUGAUGCACAGAUGCACUUCUGGAGUGUGGACCCGCCUUGCUCUGCCAUGCAUUUAUUUAUUUCCUUUCUCACUCCCCUCCUGAAGGAGGAAGACACCUCAGGGUUUGUAAAUAGACUCUCUCUCACCCACUUCGCCCCACCAGCACGGGUCGGUUCCUGCUUCUGGGAGGGUUUUUUUGUUUUUGUUUGAGGUUUUAUUAUCGCUAUGUCUUUAGGGCAGCGUAAAUCCCAUCGUAUUCCUGAUCCGGAAGGAGGGAAGCUUGAACGGACACGGAACGUCUGCCUCGCUGCUUGAAACAUAACCAGUAUGAUUUGAAGUGGGGACAUUAUCCCACUGAUUGCUUCAAACAUAACCAGUAUGUUUUGAAGUGGGGAAAGUAUCCCACUGUGAUUGCUUCAAACAUAACCAGUAUGUUUUGAAGUGGGGAAAGUAUCCCACUGUGAUUGCUUCAAACAUAACCAGUAUGUUUUGAAGUGGGGAAAGUAUCCCACUGUGAUUGCUUCAAACAUAACCAGUAUGUUUUGAAGUGGGGACAGUAUCCCACUGAUUGGUUCAAGGAUGAUUAAAAAAUAAAGGCUUGUUUAGUAAGAAAGCUGGUGGACAUCCCAUUAAAACAUGGUAUAUUACACUUUUAUUUUGAAAUUCUGCUAAUCAGUUCUCAGGUGCUUAUCCAUGUACCAAAGCAUAUAAUUUGUCACAAUAGCAUAGAAAUUCAAAUAACUUUACUAACUGCUUCAGCAACGUCUAAUACAGAAGGAUUCAUAUCCGGACCUUGAGUCAAAGGAUUUUGUAAUCACCGAAAGUCAACCGAACAGUUCAUGUGACUGACCACUUGGUCCUGGAACUUGGACAGAAGGAAAUCUCUAAAACACGAAGGCUGAGAUUAGUCCUCUGUUGUAGCAUGUGUUCUACUAAGCCCUAAAUCUUUUCCAAGAAGUCUGUGAGAGAACUGGAACAAAUGCUUCCCUCAUACCAAAUACCCUGCCCUUUAUUGUUUUUUUUGUUUUGUUUUUUCAAUAAUACAUUAAAAAUAAUCUGACAGUUCUAGUUUAUUUAC